AUGGGAGCCACGCCCUUCACAGAAAGAAUCUUAAGAGCAAAACUCCCCAAAGGUUUCGACAAACCCACCGACAUGAAGUAUGAUGGAACUAAGGACCCUCAAGAACAUCUAAUGGCCUUCGAGGCCAGAAUGAACUUAGAAGGAGCAUCCGAUGCAGUCCGAUGCAGAGCCUUCCCGGUAACCCUUGCCGGACCAGCGAUCAAAUGGUUCAACGCCCUCCUAAACGGAUCCAUAGCCAGCUUCCACGACAUAGCACGAAAAUUCAUGGCCCAAUUCACAACCAGAAUCACCAAGGCCAAACACCCCAUCAGCUUCUUAGGGGUCACACAGAAGCAAGAAGAAUCCACAAGGAAAUACCUCGACCGCUUCAACGAUGAAUGCCUGACGGUCGACGGACUCACGGACUCCGUUGCAAGCCUCUGCCUAACUAACGGGCUCAUGAAUGAAGAUUUUCGCAAGCACCUCACUACUAAACCAGUAUGGACCAUGCACGAAAUUCAGAACGUCGCCAAGGACUACAUCAACGAUGAGGAAGUCAGCCAGGUCGUCGCUGCCAACAAACGGCAGCACGCCGCUACCCAACACGGCAACUCGGCUCCCCAUCAUAACCCACCACCCAAAGAUAACCAACGGGACCACCCCAGGCCGGCCAACCGGCCACCGAGAAUAGAAAAAUUCUCUAAUUACACGCCCCUAACAGCACCAAUUACGGAGAUAUACUACCAAAUAGCAGAUUGA